AUGCAGAGACCCAAAGUCAAACCCUUUCUGUCCAUUAUGCAUUCCUUUCGAGACGGAAGUCGCCAGCAGGCAAUCUACCAUUCCUGCGAGAGCCGUCGAGGCCAUGCAGCAUCCGAUACCCACCGACCCGUCCACAACACACCGGGCCACAUUCGGUGUCUUACCGGGACUCUGAUUGGCCCCGGGCGCAACUGUCACCAAGUAUGCAUAUCACACGAGGGAUGGCCCCUAGGCGAGGAAUGUCUGAGAAUUGCAGGGGAUGGUCUGGUUGUCAUAAUCAGCCACCCGGGUGGACCAGAACUCAAGACGAGACCUCGAGUAUGGAGAGACCAAGACAAGGUGCUGCAUAUUUGUGCUCCUGUUGUUGUCCGCCGUUGA